CUUUUAAGUAGCAAAGUUCCCUGCUCUCAGCAAGCCCAACACCAUGGGGAAGGGAGACACCUCGGAGGUAGCACCACCCACUUCAGCCUACCGCUCUGUCAUGGAGGACUAUGGUUAUGAGGUGGGCAAGGUCAUUGGCAAUGGCUCCUAUGGGACGGUGUAUGAGGCUUACUACACAAAGCAGAAGGUGAUGGUGGCUGUCAAAAUCAUCUCAAAGAAGAAGGCCUCUGAGGACUAUCUUAACAAGUUCCUGCCCCGUGAGAUACAGGUAAUGAAGGUCCUGCGGCACAAGUACCUCAUCAACUUCUACCAGGCCAUCGAAACCACAUCCCGAGUGUACAUCAUUCUGGAGCUGGCUCAGGGCGGGGAUGUCCUGGAGUGGAUCCAGCGCUACGGGGCUUGCUCUGAGCCCCUUGCUGGCAAGUGGUUCUCCCAGAUGACCCUGGGCAUCGCCUAUCUGCACAGCAAGGGCAUCGUGCACCGGGACUUAAAGUUGGAGAACCUGUUGCUGGACAAGCGGGAGAAUGUGAAGAUAUCGGACUUUGGCUUCGCCAAGAUGGUGCCUUCUAACCAGACAGUGCACAGUAGCCCUUCUUACCGCCAAAUGAACUGUUUUACAAACCACCUCAGCCAGACCUACUGUGGCAGCUUUGCUUAUGCAUGCCCGGAGAUCUUGCUGGGCUUGCCCUACAACCCUUUCCUGUCUGACACCUGGAGCAUGGGUGUCAUCCUCUACACUCUAGUGGUCGCCCGGCUGCCCUUUGAUGACACCAAUCUCAAGAAGCUGCUGAAAGAGACUCAAAAGGAGGUCACUUUUCCAUCUAACUACUCCAUCUCCCAGGAGUGCAAGGUCCAACUGCUCACUGCCCGUGUGGCACAAUGGGGGGCGAGCUCAGCCAAGACCUCUCUUUCCCCUGCCCUAGAACGUGGUCCUCCAGACGCUACGCCAAGCCACCAAACGGGCCACCAUCCUGGACAUCAUCAAGGAUCCUUGGGUGCUCAAGUUCCAGCCUGAGCAACCCACCCAUGAGAUCAGGCUGCUUGAGGCCAUGUGCCAACCCCCCAGCACCACUAAUCGGCACCAAUCCUUGGAAAUCAAUACCUAAAAGUGGUUGAAGGAAGGGGUUGAGAGAGGAGCAAAGCAGGAGGGUCUGGGGCUAAAAAUCUUUUAUACCAAAAAUAAAUCUGAUUUAGUUUCA